AUGAAUCGUCUUCUUGUUCGACGUUGUAGUAUGUCGUCUAUCGAAGAAGAAGACGAACCAUCGACUUCGGACGAACUAACCACACAAUCAGUGCAAUUAUCAUCAUCAGCAGCAGUCAAACAUUAUUCUCAAUUACGACAGUCGCCUUCUAUUAUUGAGUGGGAUUCGGAAUUAUCCGAAUCUGAACAAGAAUUCGACGAUAACGAUGACGAUCUGAACGAGAAUGGUGAAGACCGAGCGGCCAACCGAGCAUUACAAAACUUUAUUCAAACAUCUUCAAAACAUUUGCAAUUGGAUCGCAUUGAUCAAGGUUAUCUAAAGAUCGCAAUUCAGAGGAUCCAUACGAUCACCGAAGGAGAUAGACGUGAAAAACGUAAAUCAGCACAAAUGAAUAACAAAUUGAAGGAAAAAUAG